AUGGCUGUCCUGUGGCUGGUGCUACUAGUGGGGCUGCCCACUGUCUUCCUGGGACUCUUUGUGUGGGCUGUCAUCCAGCACUUUCUCACUGCAGAAGUCCCCUCCGCCUUUGAACAUCCAGCCAAGUUCAGGUUUAUGCACUGCGUGGUGCUAUAUGGCAUGACUUUGGGAACUAUACUAGAGAAGCUGAGAAUUUGCCGUAUGCCCAAGUUUGUCCAGUUUCUACAUGACGUACUGCCGAUAAAGAAGGACCCUAACUUGCUGGUAACAGACAUGCAUUUUGGGGUAGUUCCUGUGAGACUGUUCCAGCCCAAGGCAGCAUCCUCCAACCUCCGGCGAGGCAUCGUCUUCUACCAUGGAGGGGGUGCGAUGUUUGGAAGCCUGGAUAGUUACCAUGGCAUGUGCAGUUUUCUUGCCCGGGAGACUGACUCGGUGUUGCUUUCAGUGGGGUAUCGCAAACUUCCUGACCACUCCUUCCCUAGCAUCCCUAAGGAUUGCCUGCAUGCCACUAUCCACUUCCUGAAGGCUCUGGAAACCUUUGGGGUAGACUCGUCACGUGUGGUGAUCUGUGGAGAGAGUGUUGGAGGUUGGGCUGUUGCCAUUGUCACCCAGGCCUUGAUUAGCAUGUCCAGUCUCCCUCAGAUUCGGGCCCAAGUCCUGAUUAGUCCAAUCACACAGGCCAUCAAUUUCAACUUACCAUCUCAUCAGCAGUACCGGAACAUCCCAUUCCUCACCAGAGACUUAAUGAGUACAUGUAUUUGUAAAUACCUAGUCAUUGACCCCUCUUGGAGAGAGGCCAUGUUGAAAGGUGUUUGUAUUCCCCCAGAUGUCUGGAAAAAGUACAGGAAAUGGCUCAGUUCUGAUAAUAUCCCCCAAAGGUUCAAGAGCCAAGAUCUACAACCUGAGCUUGUUGGACCUUUCAGUGAAGCCGCCUAUCUGGAGACCAAACAUAUUUGGAAUACAGAAGUUUCACCUCUUCUAGCAGAUGACAAGACCAUUGCUCAGCUUCCUGAGGCAUUCAUGGUGAGCUUUGAGUAUGACGUCCUCCGUGACGAUGCCUUGCUCUAUAAGAAGCGCUUGGAAGACCAGGGAGUCCCUGUGAGCUGGUACCAUGUGGAGGAUGGCUUUCAUGGAUGCAUGAUUUUAUUUGAUAAGAAGCCUUUCUCUUUCUCCUGCUCCCUGAAAGCUUUAAAUGCUGUAGUCAGUUAUAUAAAGGGCAUAUGAUAGUAACCAUGAUCUCUGAGAGGGGUGAGGUAAGAAUGUUUUGGCUAAGAUGUGUUUUUUUGUGGAAGGAGAGGCUUAGGUCAUGUGGGUUCAAGAGUGAAAUACAACAUGGAAGCAAAACCUCCUGGCUUCACACUCAAGACUGUGGGACUUGUGUGUCCCCUUCCAGUACCAGCUGUUCAAUGUUACACCUCACUAUGUCGUCUACU